AUGGCUUCUGUCGCUGCCAAUCGUCCCGUCGUAUCGGUGCUUUCCGUCGAAGGGGAGACUGCGACUGUCACGUCGCAGAUCGCGCUCCCCGCCGUGUUUACGGCCCCCAUUCGCCCUGAUGUGGUCAACUUUGUGCACACGAAUAUGGCCAAGAACCGGCGCCAGGCGUAUGGCGUAUCCCGUGAGGCCGGUCACCAGCACUCGGCUGAGUCGUGGGGUACUGGUCGUGCCGUGUCGCGUAUCCCGCGUAUCCAGGGCGGAGGUAACCAGAGCUCGGGUCAAGCUGCCUUCGGUAACAUGUGCCGUGGCGGUCGCAUGUUUGCACCCACCCGUAUCUGGCGCAAGUGGCACCGCAAAAUCAAUGUGAACCAGCGCCGCUUUGCAGUGGCUUCGGCUCUCGCUGCUUCAGCUGUACCGGCUCUGGUGAUGGCCCGUGGCCACCGCAUUGAAAAGGUUCCUGAAGUGCCGCUUGUGCUGGACGACUCUGUCGAGACAAUCCAGAAGACCACACAAGCUCUUAAGGUCCUGGCCAAGAUUGGUGCCGACGUGGAAGUGGAGAAGGUCAAGGCCUCCAAGAAGAUCACGACUGGUCGUGGCAAGUCCCGCAACCGUCGGUACACGAUGCGUCGUGGUCCUUUGAUCGUGUUUGCCAAUGCCAAUGGAGCUGAGAAGGCGUUCCGGAACAUUCCGGGCAUUGAACUUGUCAAUGUGGAACGGCUGAACCUGCUUCAGCUUGCUCCUGGUGGCCAUCUUGGCCGCUUUAUCAUCUGGACCAAGUCGGCAUUCCAGAAGCUUGAUGGUUUGUACGGCACGUACUCCAAGAAGUCGACGGCUAAGACUGGCUACCAGCUCCCGCGUCACUUGAUGAACAAUGCCAAUCUGGGACGUCUGAUCAACUCGGAUGAAAUCCAGUCGGUUGUGCGUGCUGGUACGUACACUAAGCACCGCCGUUUCCAGAAGAAGAACCCUCUCAAGAACCUGGGUGCAAUGGUCAAGCUCAACCCGUACACUUUGGUGGCUCGUCGUGCUGAACUUCGUGCUGAGGCGUUGCGAGCGGAGAAGAAGGCUGUGGCUGGCCAGAAGCGCAAGAACACGUGCAAGACGGACCCGAAGCGCAAGACUCAGUCGCGUGCUCUCUUUAUCAAGAACUCGGCGGAUUAA